AUGCUGAUCUGAUGCUGGUUCAGUACUUUUUCUUAUUGAGAAAAUGCAGAACUCGUACGUCCUGUGGCAGGAAAACAUCUGUUUCUUUCAUUUUGUGGGAAGGAGCCCAGCCAGAAGCCCGGGUUCUCUGUGCUUUGCUACGUUCACGACGACUCCGGCGGCAGAAUGGGCGACGUGGUCCCCGCCAACUGCUCCGCACGCAGCAGGGCGGUGGAGGUGUCGGUGGCCACGCUGCUGGCGCUGGAGUGCAUCCUGGGCCUUCUGGGCAACGUCGUGGCGCUGUGGACCUUCUUCUUCCGCCUGAAGGUGUGGAAGCCCUACGCCGUCUACCUGCUGCACCUGGUCGUGGCCGACCUCCUGCUGACCUUCUGCUUGCCCUUCCACGCCGCCUUCUAUCUGAGACGCAAGACGUGGAGCUUUGGGCACGUGUCUUGCCAGACCCUGCACUUCCUGCAGGUCCUCAGCCGCGGGGUGGGCAUCGCCUUCCUCACGGCCGUGGCUUUAGACCGGUACUUCCGAGUGGUCCACCCUCGGCUGAAGGUCAACCUCCUGUCCUGCCGGGCCGCCUGGGGGGUGUCAGGCUUCAUCUGGCUGCUGCUGCUCGGCCUCACCCACCAGAGCCUGUUCGUCUCGGAGGCCACCUGCCCCAACCCGGACCCCGGGGUGGACCUCUCCUUCAGCAUUGUUUGGCAGGAAGCACUGUUCUUCCUGCAGUUUAUCUUUCCCUUCGGGCUCCUCCUGUUCUGCAACGCCAGGAUCAUCAGGACCCUCCAGAAGCGCCUGCGAGACCCGGACAAACAGCCCAAGCUGCAGAGAGCCCGGGCGCUGGUGACUGUGGUCGUGGUCCUGUUCGCUGUGUGCUUUUUGCCCAGCUUCCUGGCGCGGAUCUUGAUGGCCAUCUUCCAGGGGGCCGGCGGCUGCAGGGCCCUGGGGCCGAUGGUGCACGUGUCCGACGUGGCCAGCAGCCUCACCUACCUGCAGAGCGUCCUGAACCCGGUGCUAUACUGCUUCUCCAACCCCGCGUUCAGACACUCCUACCGCAAGGUCUUCAACACGCUCAGAGGCCGGGGGAGGGACACCGAGGCCCCAGGGGACAUCAGAGACUCCUACUCCUGAGGCCUUCGGGGCCCCGGAGCACAGGAAGGGCCGGGAGCUGAGCGCUAGCAAGCGCCCCCGAGGGUCGCGGGGGGAGGACACUCCAGGGCUGCGCCACCCGGAUCAGGACCCACACCUGGGCACCCCUGCGGCAAAGAUGGUCUGCAGAUUUCCUUCAGCUGCUCUAUGGGAUCGGACAGCAGAUGAGAUUAGCAACAGAGCCCCCUCCUCACCCACGACCAUGCAGGCUGAACGGCUGACCUAGAAGCAGGCAGCUACUGACCCCCCUCACCCCAGAAGGAUGGUGACCUCAUGGGCCCGUCAGUCCGGGAGGUGAAGGCUGAGAGGGGCACUGCACUGCUCUCGCUGUCUGGUCGUGGUGAGCCGUCUGCUUUCACUCUGCUUCAGCUGGCAAAUGCGGAAAGUCUGCUUUCUCCCCACCUGCUGCGCAGACUUGUGAUCACCAACCUGGGAAAGCGGGCAUGGGGGGCUGCAAGGCAGGUUCUGCGGGGGGUGCCUUAUUGUGUGCCAUGCUCUGCUCUGUCUGCGACACAGUGCUUUCCAGUUUAUACAAUCCUGCGUCAUUUGCAUAGAUGAUACCUUCCGUCAAAGACAACAGAGUUCUCUAGUUUAUUAUAAGAAACACAUUCCUUCUAAAUUUCUCAAAAUUGCCUCCAGAAUUUCUUCCUCAGGUGUGAAUGUCUAAAUGCUUUUGAAACUCAUUUUGCUUUCCUGCUCUGAGAAGUCACUGUAGUGAAUGCCUCGUGGAGAAAUGCACCGUGCAAGGCACCAAGCUGCGUGUGAGUCGGUGGUUUCCCCUGACACUGGAGCCUAACUGGAACAGAGGGGCCCCUGGGGACCUGCUCAGCCUGGUGGGCAGAGAGUGGGGGAGCACUCAGAGCCUGUGCGCCCCCUGGAGCCCAGCCCCAGCUCCCCUGCAUGGUCUUAAAUUAUGUCCCACAUCUGGAGCUCAUUAUGGUGACAACAGAGUUUGGAAGACCCCUUCCUGAUGCCCUUGUCUCAUCCUCUGUUCAACGCUGGUGCUAUGGUCUCCAAAAGGGACUCCCCAAAAUGCUCAAUGAGGCACAGGGUCUGCUUUGUGAGGAGGUGCACACCUGUCGCGUUACCCGUAGCUGCACCUGCUGUGCCCACACGGACAGACUGCUGCUUUUCCCAGGGCUGCCCCAUGCUCUCUGUAAUAUUUAGGGUUAAAAAUGGUGACAUUAGGCAACAGGAAAUGGCAAUACUACCUCCAGGAUCUGUUUGCCUAGCAGGUAGGCUCCUUCUGAGAGCCAAAUUUAAAAUGUGUGUUCCUAUUACGAUGCUCUGCCUAACAAAGUCCUCUGAGGAUCAAAAAUGCUCUCAGUGAUGGUGUGCUACCUUUUGCAGGGCUUUUGUCCUCUCAAGCGAGUGGAAUUGCAGGGGCCUGGAAGGGAGAUGUGACCAGAUGAUAAUGUGAGAGGUCUGAAUAAAAUUCUCUGCUGUGAACACAUUCUA